AUGAGUUCUAUGAGGACAUCCUCAGGUAUUUCAAAUAAUAAUAAUAACAAUAGUAAUAAUAAUAAUACAGUUUCAAAUGUCAUUGUAAAUAAUGGAGUGACAAUAAGUUCAAGUCCAAACAGUUAUUCUGGAUUUCUCAAUGUUGGAAGUAAUAAUGUAAAUUCAAUAACCAAUAGUAAUAGUAAUAGUAGUAACAGUAUCAAUGGUAGCAAUAAUACCAACAGCAGCAGCAGCAACAACAACAAUUUUCACAAUAGUUCAAAGAUUAUUGAUGCAGCUCGUAAAGGUAAUGCAGAGUUGGUACAGAAGCUACUAAAGAAAGAUCUAAAGAAACUGAAUAAACGCGAUGAAAAAGGUGAUACCUGCUUGCAUAAAGCUGCGUUGUUUGGUCACGCAGAUUGUAUAGAGAACACCUCGUAUUUCGAUGAAGAGUCGUCAAGUGUCUACACAUGGAAACUCCAGAAAGUAUCGACGCUGCGUGAGCGUGCUAUCAGUCCGGUAUUCAAAGUUGGCCAAUGCAAAUGGAUGAUAGCCGUCUAUCCAAAAGGCAAGAGUGGAGGUGACCACCUUUCGAUCUAUCUAAAGGUUGCAGAAACAGUUACACUCAACAACAUACCGGAAUGGUUCUUUUUAGUAAAUUUCAAAUUCUCUGUUAUCAAUCAACGUGAUGGUUCUAAAUUUACCAGACAAGUGGAAGGAAAGAAGUUUAAAGCAAAUGUUGAGGAUUGGGGAUUUCCACAGUUUUUUAAACUCUCGAUACUAUACGAUGCCAAGAAUGGAUUCAUUAAUUAUACUGAUGAUUCUAUUCUGAUAGAAUUACAAAUGGAAAUUAUAAAUGAUUUCUCAAGAAAGAAAUUUAAAGAUAAUAUUAGUGAUUGGGGAUUAACUUUAUUACAUUGGGUUGCAUAUAAAGGUAGUUAUGAUGGUGUUCGUUUCCUGCUUUCCAAUGGUGCAAACCCAAAUGUUACUGAUUACAAAGGUAGAACACCAUUGGAUUGGUGUGCGUACAAUGGUGAUUUACCCACUUCAGAAAUAUUGAUUAGUACUGGAAUGGCCGAUGUCAACUGUAAGGAUCACGAAGGUUUCACUCCACUUCACAAAGCAGUGAUGAACGGUCAUCUUGAAGUGGCAAGACUACUCGUUAGAUACGGUGCUCAGGUUAAUGCAAAGAAUACCUGUUUGACAACACCACUGUCUCUGGCGAUACGUGUAAGCAGGCUAUGGUGUGUUGAAUCUCUUAUAAAGUGGGGCGCUGACAUCAACAUUCCCGAUAAACAAAACAGAACACCUCUUCACUGGGCAAUAUGUUUAUCGGAAUCAAGAUUACUUGGUUUAUUAAUUAAAUAUGGUUGUUCAAAUCAAUCAAAUAACAACAACAACAACAAUAAUAAUUCAACACCAAAUAAUCAAAAUAACAAUGGAAUUGAAUUGAAUAUCGAAGAUAUUGCAGAGACGUCAGAUAACUUUGAUACAAGCGAAAAUAAUGAAACUCAAAAUCAAUCUGAAGGUCAAGAGAACCUUGAAGAUACUGAUAGCGAUGACGAUCAAAAUGGUGGUAGAAUUGCAUUAAGUGGGUCACCAAAUAAUGUGAAUCCAAUCAUUAUCCAUCAAAACAAUGUAAAUAAUACAAAAGAUGAUAGAUCUCUAUCAAUACCAAAUACAACUAUAACAACCACUACAAACAACAACAAUAACUAUAAUAAUAAUAAUACCAUUAUAUAUUUAAACAAUAAUGAAUAUCAUUUCCAGAAUAAUCAUUAUGAAGAAUUCAUUGCUUCAGUUGUUCCACUGCAAAUGAAUGUAAGAGACCAAGAUGGAUAUACACCUUUGCACAAAGCGAUAUGGGGCAAAGGAAAGAUUUCAUUUGUAAAGAUCUUAUUGGAGAGAGGUGCCGAUCCAAAGAUCUGUACAAAAGAUGGAAGAAAUGCUGUUCAUCUUGCUGUUGCCGGAAAUGAAUACACUAUUGCUCAGCUUUUGAUCGAGCAUUCUCCGCAAUGCUUGCAUCAAUUUGAUGAGAAAGGCCACACUCCUCUACACAAAGCAGUUAUCAAUGGAAACUUGGUGAUGAUGGAAAUGCUCAUUCAACAUGGUGCCGAUGUUAAUCUAUGUAGUCCUACUCACCCCGAUGUAAUACCACUUGCCGAUGCAUUAAGAGAAUCCGAUAUCUCUUGUAUAAUAUUUCUACUACAGAAAAAUGCUGAUCCCAAAAGAUGUCAGAAAUCCUUAUUAAAUCUACUUUAUAAAAGAGUUAAAGUAUAUAAAAACAAAGAAAUAGAUCCAACGAUACCUAAAUGUACAUUAAAUAGCGAUAUGAAGUAUCUGUUAAAUAAUAUCAACUACAAAGAUAUAACGUUCAUUGUAGAAAACAAACCAAUAUAUGCAUGGAAAGGUUUGUUGUGUGCCAGAUCCGAUUAUUUUAGAGCAAUGUUUGAACAACCACUGAAAGAGAGUUUGGAGAACGAAGUGCGAAUUGAAUCGGUUGACCACAUAACAUUCCUACAUGUCAUGGAGUACAUCUAUACUGGUGAGCUCUCAUCAAAGCUGACUCUUGAAGAAUCGAUGCCUUUGUUGAUCGCAGCCAACAGAUUUAUGCUUCCACGAUUAAAACUACUGUGCGAAAGUCUUAUCACCAAGGAAUUCAACACUGACAACAUCUAUAAUAUAUUCAAAUUGGCUGACAUGCACGAAACAACACUCUUGUUGGAUGAAUGUGUUCGAUACUUGGCAGAGAAUCAUUUAUACAUACCUGAAACCGACGAUAUCGUAAAGAUACCAAGCUUCAGAAAAUCUGUUCUUGAAUUUCUACACGAUAGUUUGAAUAUUCAUUGA